AUGCCUCCGCUCGCCCAAGAAUCGGCGCGCUUCAAGAGACAACCUCGCGAUGCGUCGCUGCCGCGGCCAUCGCGUCCAUCGCUGCCAGACGGCUUCGAGUCGGACGACGGCGCGAGAAGCGACGAUGGCGCGAGAAGCGAUGUCGACACGUGGAGCGACGGUGAUGCGAGGAGCGAUGGCGAGGAGCUCUGGGCCGCGAGUCUGCUGGACGGCAGCAGCGCGGCGGACGAUGCAUCGCCGCCCCCCUCGGUUUCCGCGCCCAGCCAAUCCGCCAAGUUCCGCUGCCUGCAGUGCGGCAGCUCCGCGCAUCCCUCGUGGCUCUGCGAUGCCCCUCCGCCAGCCGCUCGCUGCGCGCACUGCUCCGCCAAGGAGAAGGGUAAGCGACCCUUGCCGUGCCCGGAAGUUGCCACCGCUCUGAACCGCAUCACGUCGUGCCGUGCGACGGCUGACGUCGCCGGCAUGCACGCUGCGAUCGAUGGUUUGCAGCGCGCCGGCCAUCGCCCGCCGCUGGAGGCGUUUUCGCAGGUGAUUGCGACGCAUGCGAUGCUGGGGGAGCCAGAGAAGGCGGAAGCGGUGUUGGCGGAGAUGGAGGCGGCGGGGGUGGCGGCGGACCCGGUGUGCUACAACGCCGUGGUGAACGCCUUCUGCUCCCGCGCGCGCGUGGACGAGGCGCUGACUGUGCUGCGGCGCAUGCGGUUCAACGGGUGGGAGCCGACGGCCAGCACUUACAACACGCUCAUCAAAGGCUUCGGCGCCGCCAAGCGCCCGGAAGACGCGGCGAAAGUCGCGGAGAUGAUGGUGGGACGCGCGGGAGCAGCGGCGGGGCGGCGGAAAGGCGGGCGGAGCUGGUCGCGGGAGAAGCAGCGGGGGACGGGGAGGGGCAGGGAGGAGGGGAAGGGCGGCGAGUUGCGGACGUACAACAUGUUGCUGAACGCGUGGUGCGAGCGCGGGGACGUGGAGCAGGCGCGCGCGGUGCUGCGCGAGAUGCGCGCAGCGGGCGUGGCGCCGGACGCGGUGUCGUACAACACGCUGAUGAAGGCGUACGGGCGGCUGGGGCGCCCCAAUGACUGCGAGCGCGUGCUGCGCGAAAUGGUUAACGCGCUCGUGCGCCCCAACGCGCGCACGUUCGGCAUGAUGGUGCGCGCGCUGUGCGACGUGGGGCGCAUGGCGGACGCGGAGGUGGUGGCGGAGCGCAUGCGUGAGUGGGACGUGGCGCCCAACGCCACCAUCUUCAACACCAUCGUGAAGGGCUAUUGCCAGGCCGGCCAGCCGCUCCCCGCCGCGCAGGUGCUGCAGAAGAUGCGCGCAGCGGGCGUGCCCCCCGACCUGGCGUCGUACUGCACGCUCAUGAACGCCUGGAGCACCGCCGCGCGCCCCGACCGCGCGCGCGCCGUGCUGCAGGAGGCGAUGGCGGCGGGGCUGGCGCCAGACGUGGAGGCGUUCUCCGUGCUCGUCAAGGGGUACCUGCGCGCACGGCAGGGGGACGCGGCGGAACGGCUGCUGGACGAGAUGCGCGCGCAGCACGGGUUGGCGCCGAACGUGGUGACGUACACGACGGUGAUGGGCGCGUACUGUAGCAUGGGCGCGCGCAUGGACUCCGCCAUGGCUGUGUAUGAGCGCAUGGUGAGCGCGGGCGUGCGCCCCAACGCGUUCACGUUCCGCACGCUCAUCUGGGGCUUCUGUGAGGCGCGCCUGCCCCACCGCGCGGAGGCCGUGCUGCGCCUGAUGGAGGCGGAGGGGGGCCCGCUGGACGCGCGGUGCUACGAGCAGACGAGCCUGGCGUGGCAGUCCGUGGGGCUGUGGCGCGACGCCCAGCGCAUCGCCGCGGAGAAGCGUGAGAAGUGUGGCGCGCACGGCGGAGAGGCGCGGAAGCUGAGCAAGCGCGAGGAGAGGGGCAGGCGGGUGAGGGUGGAUGGGGGUGGGACAGGGGGAGGGGCGAUAAGAGGAGCAGGGGGAGGCAGCAGGGCGGAUGGGGGAGGUGUGAAUGGGGGACAGGCUGGCAAUGGGGCGAUUUAUGGCAGCAGCAGCAGUGAGAGCACAAGAGGUAGUGGCGAGAGUAAAGUGCGAGGGGCAGCGGAAGGGGCAGUAAGACUCGCAUCUGGCAAAGACCACAGCCCCUCCCUGUCCCUCAAGAAGAGGCGGCAACUGGUGCAGGUGCCACCCAGUCAGAGGCCCAGAGGUCCCCCCAUGGCAGCACUGCCGUUUGUCCCACGCCCCAUUCUCCGCUCUCACUUGGGCUGCAGCUGGCGCACCAUACCGCGCUCCUCGUGUUGCCCUCCCCCUCUCCCUUGCCACGCUUCUCUCCCGCCCCUCUCCCACCACUGCCCGCUGCAAGCACUCCAUGUGUGUGCAGCCCGCAUUGCGGUGGCUGCGGGCUGGCAGUGCCACUUACAGGCCUCCGUGUGUGGGCAGUGCCAUGCUGUCACCACGCCCACACUCGCCCCUGCUGCUCGCACGGCCCUUUCGGGCCUCACAAGCACGCCUCUCACCUCGCACUCCUAUCCUGGCAUGGAUGGGCAGCAGGCGAGCAGGCGAGACGGGCACAGCAGCUGCAUCGCACAUGGGAUUGCUAUCCCGGGCAGCAAGUGGCGGCGCAGCGACCAGCCCCCCGUGCGGCUUCCGCCCGUGCUGAGCCCGUCCGCGUCCGCGCUGCUGCGCCAGCUGCGCCAGCAGAAGCUCCGCCGACAAAGAUGGGCGGCACUGGAGGCGGCUAGCGCGGGGGGAGGGGGAGGCGGAGGGCGGAAGGGCGCGGAGGAGGAUGUGGCGGCGGUGCUGCGCGAGCUGCGGCGCAGGGAGGAGUGGCACGUGGUGGCGCAUGUGUACGAGUGGGUGGUGGCGCGCGAGGGGUGGCGCGCGGACGUGUCGGGGUACAACCUGCUGAUGGACGCCUACGCGCGCUCUGGCGCCGCCCCCACCGCUCUGCGCGUCUUCCGCCUCAUGCAGCAAGGGCGCGUGCGCUUCUCCCUCCCACAGCCGCGCGGACAGGAGAAGGCAGCGAGUGGAAGUGAGAGAGGUGCAGCGGGGAAAGGCGAGGGCGCAUGGGGAGGGCGGGCAUGGGAGGGCAGACGGACGCAGGGAAGGGGGGAUGAUGAGGAGGAGGGGGAUGAAUGGGAGGAAGAGGAGGAGGAAAAGGGGGAGGAGGGGGAGGAGGUGGAGAUGUGGGUGGAGGAGGGCGUGGGCGUGUGUGUGCCCAGCGAGGCGUCGUUCAACGUGGUGCUGGGCGGGCUGUGUCGUCAGGGCCUGCUGCCGCCCGCUGAAGAGCUCUUUCAGGAGAUGCUGAACCGCGGUUACCGCCCUAUUGCCGUGUUUGAGGGGAAGCGGGAGCAGCCAGGCCAGUGGUGGGCAGCGCAGCAAUACUCAAUCAGCCAUGCAGCCUCCCCUCCCUCCCUCCCCACCCCCCUCUGUUCCCAUCAUGAAUGCUCUCCUCAUCGCCUCUUUGGGCCCCCUGGGCCCCCCACCCCUAUCCGUCCUUCCGCAGGUCUGGUGACGUACAACACGAUGCUGGAGGUGAGGGGGAGGGCGGGGGACGUUGAGGGCGCGGAGGGGCUCAUGCGCGCCAUGCGGGGGGAGGGCGUGCGCCCCACUGCCGCCUCCUAUGCGCUGCUCAUGCACGCCUAUGGCAAGGCGGGCCUGCCCCACCGGGCAGAGGAGGUGCUUGCAGGGCUGCACGGGGCAGCAGUGCUGCCCACGCUGCCAUGCUUCACGGCGCUGAUAGCGGCGCAUGCACGCGUGGGGCAGUGGAGGGAGGCACAGCGCGCAUACGACAGCAUCGCCCUCAUGGGGCUGCGCCCUGACGUGCAUGCCACCACUGCUCUCCUGCACGCCCUCUGCACGGCGGGCGAGGUGCAGCGGGCACGGGGUGUGCUGGACGCCAUGCAGCGCACCACCGGUGCCGCCCCGCCGCCUUCUUGUGUCACCCCGCUGCUCGCCUCCCUGGCACGGCAGGGACUGUGGGCAGAGGCGGAGGAGGUGUAUGCGUCAGUGUUGCCAGCAGGCACACCCCCCCCGGUGCGGUGGCAGCACGAGGUGCUGCGUGCGACAAUGCUCAACUGCUUGGCGGGGGCGCAUGGGCACGCGGGGGACAGGGCCGCCAUGCAGCGAGUGCUAGUGCGCAUGCACGGGGGGGAGGGGGCGGCAUGGCAUGUGACCUCGUACAACACCGUGCUGGCCGUGCUCGUGCAUGCUGCUGACAUGGCGGGCGCUGAGCGGCUCAUGGAUGACAUGCGGGCGGGCGGCGUGGCUCCUGAUGCUGCCACGUGGACCACCCUCAUGGGCGGAUACGCAGAGAAGAAGCUUCUGAGAAAGUGCACGAGUGUGUUUAGGAAGAUGGCGGCAGCGGGGGUGCGUUGGGAUGCGGGGGCGGUGCGGGUGAUGCUGGCGGCGUGUCGCAGUGCAGAGCAGCAGGAGGAGGUGAGGCAGCUCGUGGAGAGUGUGGUUAGGAAGAGGACCAAGCGCUCCCUGCCCUCGUGA